AUGCUUACUUUAUUCCUUAGAGCGUCGCUCUUUGGGCUUUCAGUUGGCUUUCCAUCUCUGCCAAGCCCGCAUCUAUUUCCUCGCGCCAGCUGUUCAGGAAAUACUGCAGAUACACGAUCAGAAUGGUGCGACUAUUCUAUAGACACCGACUACACUACUACAGCGCCAGAUACUGGGGUCACCCGUGAAUACUGGUUUGAGCUCACGGAGACUACUGCCUCUCCAGAUGGUGUAGAGCGCUAUGUUCAAGCCAUAAACGGCAGCAUACCAGGCCCCACAAUCUUUGCAGACUGGGGGGAUACAGUGGUUGUUCAUGUGACAAACUCUAUUACCUCUUCAAACAACGGCACAAGUAUUCAUUUCCACGGGAUUCGCCAGAACUAUACCAAUCAAAACGAUGGUGUGUCUUCAAUUACACAGUGUCCUACUGCGCCCGGCUCAACGAUUACGUAUACAUGGCGGGCUCUUCAGUAUGGCUCGACGUGGUAUCACUCUCACUGGGCAUUGCAGGCCUGGGAGGGAGUAUUUGGGGGCAUUGUUAUUAAUGGCCCUGCUACUUCUAAUUACGAUGAAGAUCUAGGAAUCCUCUUCCUAAACGAUUGGGACCAUUCGACAGUCGAUCAGCUAUAUACGACUGCAGAGACCAGCGGACCCCCAACUUUAGACAACGGUCUCAUCAACGGCACCAAUGUUUACGGCGAUGAUGAGGAUGCGAGCCAGACUGGAUCGCGCUUUACCGUGUCUGUUACCGAGGAGACAUCAUACAGAAUCAGGAUCGUAAAUGCGGCGAUCGAUUCACAUUUCAAAUUCAUGAUCGACAACCACACUCUUACCGUUAUUGCCAUGGAUCUGGUGCCAAUCACCCCCUUUACAACUGACAUCCUAAGUAUUGCAAUGGGCCAACGAUACGACGUAAUUGUUACCGCAAAUCAAGCAUCCGUUGCCGACAGCUUUUGGAUGCGAGCUAUUCCCCAGUCGGCAUGCAGCGAAAACGACAGCCAGGACAAUAUAAAGGGAAUUGUGUACUACGGGGAUUCUACUACAACACCCACUACAUCAAGGCCGGACGGUUACUCAGAAGAUUGCGAAGAUAUGGACGUCUCAAACCUAGUUCCAUAUAUUUCUCAGACUGUAACCUCAGCAUCAAGCGAAGGAGUCGAAAGUGCAACCGUUGGUUUCAACGAUAAUAAUUUUUUCAAAUGGUACCUCAAUUCAACAACCAUGUUGGUAGAGUGGUCAGAUCCUACACUCCUCCAGAUAUACGACAACGUUACGAGUUUCGAUACAUCGGAUGCUGUGAUUGAGCUCCCAGAUGCCAACGAGUGGGUAUACAUCGUCAUUCAAACCACUUUCGCAGUACCGCACCCUAUUCACCUACACGGUCAUGACUUCCUCAUCAUAGCUCAAGGGUCAGGAACCUAUAGCAGCGACGUCACUCUGAACCUGGACAACCCACCACGAAGAGAUACAGCCAUGCUUCCCGCUAGUGGAUACCUCGCAAUUGCAUUCCAGACUGACAAUCCUGGAGCUUGGUUGAUGCACUGUCACAUUGGCUGGCACACAAGUGAGGGUUUUGCACUGCAAUUCGUAGAAAGGCAAGACGAGAUCAAUGCUCUUAUUGAUUAUGAUAGUUUGUCGGAUAACUGCAAUGCAUGGGAGACCUAUGAGGGCACGAGUUCGAUUGAGCAGGAUGACUCAGGUGUUUAG